CUCCCUCCUCCACGAAAACCAUUUCCUUUUCUUUUUGAAACAGAAUUACGUGGUGUGCGGUACUGCACAAUUUUCAUCCGAUUACAUCGGCGUAGUGGACCCACAAAACACUAAUUAACCAUUCAAAAUGCCACCAAAAUUUGAUCCCAAUGAGGUCAAGAAAGUGUACCUGAGGUGUGUUGGAGGUGAAGUAGGAGCUACUUCUUCCCUUGCCCCGAAAAUCGGUCCCCUUGGUUUGUCUCCCAAAAAAGUUGGUGAUGACAUUGCCAAAGCCACAAGCGACUGGAAGGGUCUGAAGAUCACAGUACAAUUGACAAUUCAAAACAGACAGGCUACGAUAUCAGUCGUUCCAUCAGCAGCAUCUCUCAUCAUCAAGGCCCUUAAGGAGCCCCCACGUGACAGAAAGAAGCAGAAGAACAUUAAGCACAGUGGAAACCUGUCCUUCGACGAUGUUCUUGCUAUUGCACGUGCAAUGAAGCCCCGUUCCAUGUCCAGACAAUUGAGCGGAACUGUUAAGGAGAUCCUUGGAACAUGCCAGUCUGUGGGAUGCACCAUCGAGGGAAGACCACCGCACGAUGUCAUUGAUGACGUCAAUUCUGGGGAGCUUGAGAUCCCAGAGGAAUAAAUGAUGUUCCAAGAGAUCUCCGAUAAAUAAAAUUUUAUAAAACCGA